AAGUGGGUAGUUCAUACGAGCCUAAAAGUAGCCCAUUCUACUCACCUUCCUUUCAACUAUCUCCGCUCAAAAAAAUCACGUCUAUUUCUAGCUCUAUUCUGCCAUGAAAGAUAGAAGUAAAACAAACAGAUACACCCACAUAACUAUUAUAGAAAAUAUUUCUAUGUCAUCUGACAUUUUCUUGACUAUGUGACUUUACAAGUCAAUAGAUCAUAGAUUUUUUUUUUGUUAUCAUGUUGACAUUAAGUUAUGCAAAAAGGUAUCCAGCAGUCUUAGAGUUCAAACACCCAUAAUUAAAAUAUUUUCAGUUAAUCUAAGGUUCUAGGUCUGUAGACAUGUGAGUUAGUCUUGGUACCUACAGGAGAUGGAGAUAAAUGAUGCAACAUUAACAGUGAAUAUGGAAUAUAUUGAUAAAGAUUUAAUACACUGUCCUACUUGGUCAGAGGCCAACGGAUAACUGCCGUUCACGUCACGCCAUUACAAUUAAAUACAAUUCUGCGAAUUGCUACUCGUGAUACGAACCCUACGCGUAAGACAUAUUUAUGUUACCGGCUAAACUAGUUUUGCCUAGGCUAAACUAAUUCUUCCUAUACGUGUUAGGAUUAACUAGUAUAGCCUAGUUCAAACUAAUCUGUCCUAAGCCCGAUAGUAUAAACCAGUUUAGGCUAGGACAAACUAGCUGGUCCUGAUAUAAAUACGUACACUUUAUCCUAGUUCAAAAGUAGUUUGUCCUGAAAUCGAUUUUGGCCGGUAACAUUUAUAAUCUUAAGGUUUUGUCUAAUAAAGCCGUCACCACUCGACACUGACCAACAUAACCAUGUUGGAAACUUGGUUAUACUACAUUAAUGUCGCUAUACCAUAUAGCACCAUCUUAGAGUAAUUAACCAACUAAAAACUCUGAGGGCACCAUAUAUUCACUUUUACUCUCAGAUUGAUGUUGGAGUAGGUUAGUCCUACCUUACUCCUUGUUUAUUAAUACUAAAUUUUGUUAUUCUCAGCCUAGGCCAGUUAAUCUUACUCUAUAUUUUUCAACUAGGGAAUACGAAACUUUGAAAAGCAAGGUAUCUGCAGGACAGGAUUAUAAUAACUCUCAACAAGUUUACUAUGCUCAAACGUCAAAUACUAUAUUACAAUUUUGAGUUAUUAGGCUAUAGUUAGAGUAAUAUAGUAAGCUGAGCAGAGUAGAUUUUAAAAUCCUAAAUUAUAUAUACGUAAUUAAUGUUGAAACAUUUCAGGCCGCGUUCACGUCGGGUACAAGCCCAAAGAAAGUUUGCUCAGGGCGCGUACGUGCCUCCAAACCCAGCAGCGGUGGCAGCCGUGGACAACAGACGCGAUGCCGCCCAAGACACGCGCAAUGUGACCAUCAAUAACAUGACAGCGUCGAACUUGCUCGACGUGGUCUCACUUCAAGGUCUUCAUACCCACUUGCAACCAGUAGUGGUUGUAGAGAGACUCCGUCAAACAAAUCCAUGCAGAGAUGAAAAUAUGGAAACUGUCACUAAGCCUCAAGAACUUGUUAUAGGCGAGACAGGUAGUACCCGUUCUGUGGACAAUGAAUGUUGUACAAGAGAUAUGCAAAAGCGGCUUAAGGAAAGUCCCACAAGCAAGUCUAGUCCUUAUAAUGCACAUUUUAAUAGUAAUAAACAUGAAUAUACAAAUGGUGAUGUAGUUGAAAACAGUCAUAAUACUUGUCCUUAUGCGAAAGAAACCCCUGAAAACAACAAACAAGAACCUCGGACUAAUGAACAACAUAAUGCAAACAAAGAUAUUGCUUCUAAAGUCAGAGAGCCUUUUGCUACGGCCAAAGAGUAUAGUGGGAAGAAUAAAGAACUUCUUAAAGAAUCUAGUACAAAAGUCAAAACAAAUACUAAAGGAAAAGCGAAUACUAAAAACAAAACAAAUACUAAAGGAAAAGCCUUUAAUAAACAUAAAAUUGGUAAUAAAGGUAAAGGAUCCAGUGCUAAAGCUAAAAGUGGUAGUAAAGUAUUCAGUAAUAAAGGCAAACAGACCAGAAGUAAUGACGACAACUCAUUAGCCGCUAUCCUGAGGGCCUUACAAAAGACUAAAGAUAACAAUUUACAAAAAACACAUGCAAUGUCUUUGCGCCAACGACGUUUAAGCAACGGUAGGGUCUGCGCAACUACCGCCAAAAAGUUAAAAGUAUUAAAAAGUAAAAUCAUAACGAAUAGAAAGAAAACUGAAUCACCUAACCGUUAUUCUCCAUCAUCCGAAUUCUCUAUCGAAGAUAAUCGACCAUUGACAUAUUACGCCCAGAAUAACAAAGCCAAUAAAAAAUCACCAAAGAAACGAAGCCAUACUAGUGACCCUCCAAUUUCAGAAGUGGUACUUCUUGAACGGAGUUACCCAAAGAGAAUUAUGUUAGACCCCUAUGUGCCAUCACCCCUGCCAGACCCGAUACCGAAUCGGAUACAAAGCCAUCCGGCAGAACCUGUCGCUGGACCCAGUGGACUACAAAAGACAAUAUUGGAGCCUGUGGCGGGACCUAGUGGGCUGCAAAGAGUAACCAUAGAACCAGUAGCCGGGCCUAGUGGGCUUCAAAGGGCUUCUGUACCGGUGGCGGCGCCUAGUGGGCUGCAAACUGUAACAUCUGCACCAGUGGCCGGUCCUAGUGGGCUGCAAAGGGUAACUUGCGCACCAGUGGCGGGGCUUAGUGGGCUACAAAGGGUAACAUCUGCGCCAAUGGCUGGGCCUAGUGGGUUGCAAAGGAUAACAUCUGCACCAGUGGCAGGGCCUAGUGGGCUGCAAAGGAUAACUUCUGCACCAGUAGCAGGGCCUAGUGGGCUACAAAGGGUAACAUCUGCACCAGCGGCGGGGCCCAGUUGGCUGCAAAGGGUAACUUCCGCACCAGUGGCAGGGCCCAGUGGGUUACAAAAAAGAGUGUUACGGAAUUCUGGAUUUUCUAGGGGUCAGAGCAUCGAGUCACAAGAUGAAGACCUAGACCAAGACAUAAAAGUUUUAAAAUGCUUUACAAUACCUCCUUGCUUCGCGGAAAAAUGGCGUACUGUACAACAAGUCAUUAAUGCACCUAAAGAUGAAAUGGACAGCCGCUGUACUCUAUGUGUUGCGUGUUCAAGAAUAGAUAAACUAACACAAUUGUCAAAACUACUUUAUAGAUUUGAUUUAACUGGAACCAAUCAAACAUCCGUAGAAUCAGAACCAGAAAAUGAUGAUGAGUCCGAGAAUGAUGACCCUAAGCCGUUAGAAGAAGAUACUGGCCAUAUGUAUCUCGAUCUGCUUCCGAAACAUCCGCGUCUCAUGAUGAAACUCCGGAUACACGAGGUCCAUGGAAAGCAACUUCUGUCAGCUUGCUUGAUACCAAAGAAUGACGCCCGUAAAAAUAGUGAGGAUUUCUUGCUUGAAGAGAAGGAACACCUACUAGACCAACUAAUAAAUACUCUAUCUAUUAGUUUACCCCAUGACAUGGUAACAAUGGGCAAUUCUCAGACAGGAAGUACAUUUGAACGACUUCAAGGUAUAAUAUCCAAACUGGACCAUGAAAACGAGCCUGAACGUGCACAUCCUCUUGAUAAACUUCGAGCUAACGUUAAGGCAUUCGGUGCUAACGUACAGGAACCCCAAGCUAGUAUUCAGAGUCGGAUUGUUGAGCGCCACACGCUAAACAACGUGUACGAAGAAGGUGACGACGCCGUUAACGACGUUAAUUCCGACGAAGAGGAAGGUAACUACGCCAGAGAAGGGAAUGAACGGAUUAGUGCUGAACAUUUAAACGAAUGUAGCGCAGACACUUCUCAGACGCAUGCUGUAGGGGGCGCAAUGCAGGAUGGUCUAGUAUUUAGGCCGACAAAGGAAGAGUUCCAAAAUCCUAUGGAGUAUUUUAUGAAGAUUUGGGACGAAGCGUGUGAAUACGGUAUUUGUAAAAUAAUUCCACCUCCAGGAUGGAGACCGAAGUGUCAGAGUUGUGAUGGUAUCAGAUUCGACGUGGCAAAGCAGUUUACAUCUCGAAUGUUCCACCGGUGGGGACCAGCUAUGCGAGAAUUGGCAUGUAUAAAGUAUUGUGUCUCGCAAUCAACUGGUUUUCCUUGUAGCACACCAACGGUUGGAGGUAUGGAAGUUAAUUUACCUAAGUUAUACCAUAGCGUACAACGUCACGGUGGACUAGAACUUGUGCUUAAUAAGAAACGUUGGGGGAAAGUUGGACGCGACAUGAACUUGUCUAUGAGUAUAAACUAUCUAAAUAGACUAGAUCAGCUCUACUCGAAGUACCUUCUACCCUAUGAUUCUCUUUCGCCAAGUGAAAGAAGGGAAAUCUUUGGUGUGAUUGAAAGGGCAUGGACUCGAAAAAAUCAAAGGCUGUUGGACCGCGCACUGAACCCGUUUCGUGCGCAGAAUCGUUUGAUGGGGCUAAAUGACAUUCAGGAAGAACCGGAGGAACAGUCUCUUGUCAUGAAUGCUGUCAAAGAGGCAGAAGAUUGCAUCGUGCGAGGUCCAAUCAUGAACUACACUAGGUUUAAAGAGCUCGCUGAGUUUACAUAUAGUGUCGUUUAUGGUUUUGGUAACUCUAGAGAGAACAAUCCUAUGAGUCUUGAACAGAAAGAAGAGUUGUACUGGCGCUAUGUGCUUCAGGGCAACGAGCAUAUUUGUGUCGCCACUGCCGCUAUUGAUACUGGUUCCGACCCUUCGCGAGGAAGUAGUCGCACGUUAACGUUGAAGGAUAUUAGCCAGAAUAAAGACAAUAUCCUUCGCUUUCUGGGUGCUGUGUCCGGUUUAACUGCACCCACUUUAAACCUGGGGAUGGCAUUUUCAACAAACUGUUUCUACUUGGACCCCCACGCUGUGGCCUGGCUGGACUUAUUAUAUAAAGGAGAUCCAAGAAUUUGGUAUGCGAUUCCAGCCAAGCAGACUGAAAACUUUAAGAAGGCAGUUAGCUCUCUCUGUCCUUCUUUUUGUCAAAGGAAAUCUCUGUGGCUCUCAACAGAUAUAGCUAUGAUACCGCCCCACCUUCUUCGAGAGUACAAUGUUUCAAUGACGCGCGUCGUACAGGAAGAAAAUGAAAUAAUACUGGCUUUUCCCUACUGUUACACCUCGUCUAUAAACACGGGCUAUUCCGAAUCAGAGAGCAUAUAUUUCGCACCGCUUUCCUGGCUACAUACCGCCUACGACGUGUUCAAGGAGGCUCGUGAAAAUUGUGAGCCUACGAUGUUCUCGCUCGAAGAGCUGCUAUUGCGAAUAGGCAAAGCGACUUGUGUGGACAUGGCCACUCUCAAAACCGCACAGCCAAUUUUCGAUAAAGUUUUGAGAAAUGAGAUCACAAAGAGGCUUAUCUUGCAAGAGAGAGGCAUCAAAAUGGUGCACCAGCCUGAUAUUCCUAAACCGAAAAAUACGGGUCGUCGCAGAAGACGAAACAGAACAUUUAUUCAAGAAGAAUGUGAAUACUGUAGAGGUACACUGUUCUUCUCAAAGGUUGUCGGCUUAGUGCGUAACUCUUAUCUAUGCUUAGAACACGCACUAAAAUUAUUGACCGUUAAGAAGAUGAUUAUUACUGAUGAUAUGCAGAUUAUUACGAAGGUAACAAUUGAAGAACUAAAUAAUGUCAACAAUGACAUGAAAAGACGUAUCGAAAUUGGCUUUGUGGGGCCAGAUGUCAUCAUUGAUUAAACUGUGACGGGAUAAGUUUGUAGAGAUACAAUUUGGACACAAUAACUUGUGACACAAAUUGUAUCUCCAGUAUCUUAAGUAAGUUUGGUUCUUGAAGGUGGUCGUUAGCCACAAUUUGAAUACAGCGUUUACACCAAACAUCAAUGGUGCACCGGAACAACUGUAUUAUGUGGUCCUUUUUUAGUUGAUCUUUUAUUUUCAACAGAUAUUUUUAGUUAUAGUUGCAUGUUUUAUGGGCAAAAAAAAUGUUGUUAUACAGAGAAUUUGAUGGGACUUGAUUCAAUGAGCUUUGAUACAGAGAACCAUGGUUGUGAUACCAUUCAAAUAGUCUGAGUCGUGGCGAAGCUAGGUGUAUUUUGCCCACUGUCCUUUCCUCAAUAAAUAUGUAUGACCACGGAAUAUAGAAUACAAUGGAAGUAGCAAGUAGGCGUGACACGCGUGCCACAACUAA